AUGGCGGCCCCCAUGGUGCGGCGCGGGCUCCUCCUGGCGCGGAAGGUGGCUUUCCCUCGGCUCUCCCCGACAGGAAAAAGAUGCCUGCUUUCUGCGGCCUAUGUGGACAGCCAGAAAUGGGAAGCAAGAGACAAAGAAGAGUGUCACCUGGCUGACCUAGCAUCUUUAAUGGAUAAAACCUAUGAGAGAAAGAUCCCUGUUAGUUCUUUGACAAUAUCACGGUUUGUGGACAACAUUUCCUCUCGAGAAGAGAUAGACCAUGCAGAGUAUUACCUUUACAAAUUUAGACACAGCCCCAACUGCUGGUACCUGAGAGACUGGACGAUCCACACUUGGAUUAGGCAGUGUCUAAAAUACGGAGCACAUGACAAAGCUUUGUAUACCCUUAUAAACAAGGUCCAGUAUGGAAUUUUUCCAGAUAACUUUACAUUCAAUAUACUGUUGGAUUCUUUCAUAAAGAAAGAAAAUCACAAAGAUGCUUUAGCUGUAGUUUUUGAAAUCAUGAUGCAAGAAGCCUUUGAAGUGCCUUCUACCCAACUCCUCUCCCUCUAUGUUUUAUACCAGAACCUGGCAAAGCAGCCAGACCUCAGUUGGGAAGAGGAGAGGAACUUCGGGGCAUCGCUGCUCCUCCCUGGCCUGAAGCAGGAGAACUCCGUGGGUUUGAGCUCCCAGCUGUAUGGCUGCGCACUGCUGGGGAAGGUGGAGCUGCGUCAAGGGCUGCGGGCCGUGUACCACAACAUGCCUCUACUGUGGGAACCGGGGUACCUCAGCAGAGCCCUGCAGGUGAUGGAGACAGCAGCUUCCGCGCCAGGACACGUGAAGCUCUGUCGAGAAGCGCUCGAUGUGCUGGAUGUGGUGCUGGAGGCGCUGACUUCUCCAGCCGAGGAGCCUUCCGAGGAACAGUCCCAAGGAGGGGAAGGCCCCCAGGGAGCUGACACCCUGCAGGAGCGUCUCGACAUUGAGGAGACGGAGCAGUCCAGGCUGCCCCAGUACCUGGCCCAGUUCAAGGCCUUACAUGCUAAGCUCCAGGCUCUGGGCAAAGUGGAGUCAGAAAGCCUGCUGACUCUGACCACCAAGCUCAUCCACGACAAGCUACCUGCCUGUGAAGCAGAAGACAUGGCCAACUAUGAGCAGAAACUGCAGCAGUGGCAUCUGGACCGAGUGCAGUUGAUUCAGAGGGAACAAGAGUACAGGGAGAAAGCAAAACAGGAGCAGCAGGCACGGGCAGCAGCAAAGGCUGCUGCCUAACCCCCUGCGCCCCCCUGCCCCCUCCCCAGCCAAGGCACCAGUCCCUCCCCCAAGACCUCCACUAGUCCCUAUCAUAGGAUUCAGGGGGACCAGGCUCCCUCCAACUGUUUUCGCUUUCUUAAAGCAGGCCACACAUGGUAGCCAAGCCAAGAUGCUUUACAUUAGCGAUUCUCAACCUGUGGGUUACAGCCCCUCUGGGAGUCGAACGACCCUUUCAAAGAAAUCGCCCAAUUCAUAGC